GUCCCUCAUAUUCUCGACCUUUCUCUGAACCGCCGAUCAGAAGAACACGAUAUGCUCUCCGUAAUGACUUCAAACAGUCUAUGGAUUCUAUUCCUCAGGCUCCUAUUCCUCUCCUCCGCCAUUCUUUCCAUGGAGGAGAUUCUGAAGUUCUACGUUCCGCUGGUUGUCGACAUCCUCGUCUCUGACGUUCCCGCCGUUUGGAGCUCCAUCGUUUUAUGGUUAAGGCCUCCUUACCUUUACUUGUUAUUUAACUUUAUUAUCGUCAGUAUUCUCGCCUCUUCCAAGCUUCAUCAGUACCUGGUAGAUCCUCCGCCGACGACGGUGCCGAAGCUGUACGAUGAUUCACGAGCAGAUUUCAGAGUUAUUAGAGCCGUCGGCGAUGUUCUCGAGAAGAACGGUCGCGAUGCGGACGAAGACUUUGCGGCCGAUGUUUCGGAAGAUGAAGGGAAAUCGGAUGCGGAAUUGUACUCCAAGAUUUCAGACGGAGAAAAUGAUGAAAACGAAGAGACUGAUCGGAGCCGAUUGCAAAACGAGGAUUCGGUGGAAAAUUUGUUGCAGAAGUACGAUAAGAAGCCGCUGAAGCUGUACGCUGAUUCACGAGCAGAUUUCACAGUUAUUAGAGCCGUCGGCGAUGUUCUCGAGAAGAGCGAUCGCGAUGCGGACGAAGACUUUGCGGCGGAUGUUUCGGAAGAUGAAGAGAAAUCGGAUGCGGAAUUGUACUCCAAGAUUUCGGACAGAGAAAAUGAUGGAAACGGCGAGACUGGUCGGAGCCGAUUGCAAAAAGAGGAUUAUUUGGUGGAAAAGUUGUUGCAGAAGUACGAUAAGAAGCCGCCGAUUUCUUUGAAGAUCGGUAAUCGGAAAGCUGCUAAAGCUGCUACUACUCCUGCAGGGACGACGUCGAAAUGGUCCACGAUGAACGGACACGACACGUUGGACGACGCGUGGAACGCGAUAACGGAGGGCAAUUCUGCACCGUUCUCUAGACGGUUGGAUAAAUCCAAUACGUGUGAGUCGCAUACCACACGGAACGAAGAAGAAGAAGAAACCGCCAUAGGCCAAAACAAUAGCCCUCCGAAAGUAACGAAAUCGGAAACUAGCUUCAAGAACAACGACAAGAACCUGGAGUUGAAACGGUCAGCGGCGGCGGUGAGAGUGAGAAAAAUGCCAUCGGUGACGGAGGAGGAAUUAAACCGGCGGGUAGAGGCGUUUAUAGAGAAGUUUAAGGAAGAAAUGAGGCUGCAGAGGGAGAAAUCACUGAAGAAAUUUGAGCUGAUGAUCAACGGAAGCUAUUACUGAAGUUGCUUGCAUUCUGAUCGGUUAGUUGAUUUACGUUGAAUGCGUUUUUGAUCUAGGGUUUUGUUCUUGAGGAUUUUCGUUUCGAGUUCUUUGA